CGUAUUUAACUCAUUCGUGGAAUCAAACUCGCAGUGUUAAACAAUUUGUAAUGGACAGUUAAAAAGUACUUACUGAAACAAGUGAAUAGUGAAAAAUAUAUAAAAAAUCACUUUAAAUUGAGAAAUAAUGGAAAUAGCACAAACUCCUCUGCAGUUAACACAAGAUCAUCAGGAUGGGAGAAUGGCAGACGACAACACCUCCCCCCUCCGAUGGUCACCUCCCACAUCGGCCGCUCUGGUGGCCGCAGCCCUAGCACCACCAGCGCUGAGACCCUGGUUGCCAGACCCGCCUACGAAGAAGGCGAACCACUUGGGUUUGGUCUGCGUAGUCUGUGGUGACACCAGCUCCGGCAAGCACUAUGGAAUCCUGGCCUGCAACGGCUGUAGCGGCUUCUUCAAGCGAUCAGUCAGACGGAAACUUAUUUACAGAUGUCAGGCCGGUACCGGGAGGUGCGUGGUGGACAAGGCUCACCGAAACCAGUGCCAGGCGUGCCGGCUGAAGAAAUGCCUCGCCAUGGGGAUGAACAAAGAUGCGGUGCAGAAUGAGCGGCAGCCUCGAAAUACAGCUACCAUCAGGCCGGAGGCUCUGAGGGAUAUGGAUCAAGAGAGAGCGCUGAGGGAGGCCGCAGUUGCUGUAGGAGUUUUCGGUCCCCCAGUAUCCCUGGCCAUGGCGCUAUCCCCGGCGCGCUACCCGCUGCUGUCGCCGCACUACGCGCCGUUGCCGCCGCCGCCGCCGGACUCGUCGCACGAGCCCGCUGCCGACUCCAACCGCCACAGUGACAGCGACGAUGACAGCAUCGACGUGACGAACGAAGAAGACUCCACGUCGUACUCCCCGCCAUCUGUCGCGAGCUACCCUCAAAGCUGCGUACCUUAUAGACCUUUGGGAGUAGAAAGUGCAGCAGAAACGGCAGCCAGACUGCUGUUCAUGGCAGUAAAAUGGGCUAAAAACCUGCCGUCCUUCGCCAGUCUUGCGUUUAGAGAUCAGGUCAUCCUCCUAGAAGAAGCGUGGUCGGAGUUGUUCCUUCUCAACGCCAUCCAGUGGUGUCUACCACUAGACGCAGCUUGCGCAGCGCUCUUUGGCAGCGACCAGACUGACCAAGAGAACGGCAUCAACUCGGCAGCGCUCCGACGUCUUCGGGAAGUCUUAGCGCGGUACAGAGCUGUUCUGGUGGACCCAGCCGAGUUUGCCUGCAUGAAGGCCAUAGUUUUGUUUAAAUCUGAAACACGAGGCCUCAAAGACCCCCUCCAGAUCGAGAACCUCCAGGAUCAAGCUCAAGUGAUGCUGAUGACCCACGCGAGGACCGCCCAUGGUACUGCCCCCGCCAGGUUUGGAAGACUUCUGUUACUUCUGCCACUUCUACGUCUAGUCAGCCCGCAGCAGUUGGAGAAGGAGUUCUUCUCGAAGACUAUUGGGCAGACGCCGAUGGAGAAGGUAUUGGCUGAUAUGUAUAAAAAUUAGAGGUAAAAUAUGAUCAGAGUGGAGACAUUUCUUUUUCUUAUUCUGCCAGUUUUAUGCAGUGGAGAAGUGUUAAAACAUGGUUAGCGAGGAGGUAGUGCUUUUCUUCUGUCAGUCCUUUGCAAUGGAGAAGUUCUUUAAGGAUAGGACAGAAGCCAUUAGAGAUUGUCCUGGCAAUCUUGCUUCUUUCUUUUAUGAUUUAAAGGGGUUGUUCAAAGACAGGUUACUUAUGUGAUGAUACUUAUUACCUAUCUUCAUUCUUCUGCCAGUCCUAUGUAGUAAUGAAGUUCUUCUCCGAGAACAGAAAUAGACAAUUAGGGUGGUCGAAAAUGAAUCAGUGGUACAGAGUAAACCACGUAAAAUAACUUACUACCUGCCUUCUUUUUCUCUUGGUUGAAUGACUGGAGUUUUUGCUUCUUCUUUUGUUAUUGAUAAGACGAAGUUAAAAUUUAAACUAGUCGGUUAUUUAACUUGGUAUUCAAUUAAUGUAAAUAGUUUCGCUUAGAUUUUAAUAAAUGGCCUCAAAUUGUUGGUUAUUCAUUUAAAUAAGAUCAUUGUAAAAAUAUUAAAUAAGUAAUACUUAGGUAAGUAAGUGUAGAUAUUGGUGUAUGUGAAUUGUAUCUUAAAAGAUUUGCCUUCUUCCUUUUUGAAAUCAUGGAAACUAACUUUUUUAUCUGAUAUUAAAAAAGCUUCGCGAAUUUGUUUUAAUUACUUAGGUAUUGAGUCCUAAUUAGUUUUAAAGUACUAAUUUAAUAAGUGUAAAGUAAAAAUACAUAGU